AUGUGCCUUCCAUGCUUUACAGAGGUCUUUGUGGAGGAGGAGCUGCCGAAGAAGAAAGAAGAGGUCCUAUACACGGUUUGGGACGCAAAAGCGAGAACAUAUGUCAAGGUUCCGAAAUCAAUGAUUCCACCUCAGCCAGUCGUCUACCAACAACCCUACAUCACGCAGCCGCAACCCAUCUACGCCGCACCCUCACCCGCCAUCUCACCACCCUACUACAACAUCCAACCUCAACCCUACCCAUCGACAGGCUAUCCCACCUUCGACAUCAACCAGCCAGCCCACGGCACGUAUGGCUACACCGGUACCGAAAUGCUCAUGCAGAACAUGGGCCAGGCAGCGCACCCCGACUUCACCAAGAAGCAGGAGAUGAAGCCCAGCGAUCCCGACCCAUAUCGUAUGUACUGGUGUCGCGAGCCUGACAAUACGUGGACCCAGAGAAACCGCAUGACAAUUGAAAGUGGUGAUAUUGGUGACUGUAGAUGGUAUGCUACGGAUGGACAGUUUUAUGCUGUCAGGUUGGGCUAG